AGAGGGAGGGAGAGCCACCAGGGGGGCGGAUAUCAACCCGGCUCACAGGCAGUGGACUGCAUGCACCGCGUCAGAGACGAGAGGACACACAACACGACACGGUUCAUAAUACCACAGCCGGAGCAGCCAUAACAGCAGCAGCAGCAAAACAAGCACCUCCGCUAAACCUUGCACUCCAGGAGCUGGUCUGCACCAUCAGCAGCACUAACGGACACUUACAACACUGAGGUCACACAGAGGGGAACUGAGUCAGUGAAUGAGUGUGUAUGAGUGUGUGUGAGCACUGUUGUGUGAGUGAAGUACCCUAAGAACAGCGGUUAAUGAGUGGAGUCCAGAAGAAUGAGUCUUGACCCUGUACAGGUCAUGAAGGGCCAGGACCCCAUGGCCCUUAGCUCUCCUCUAGCAUCUAACGGAGACAGCAAAGCAUCCUGGGAAGAGAGUGAGGGCUUCUGUGACAGCCUGGGUCCCAAAAAGCCAAAAUCAGGACCAGCAAGACGGGCCAGGAAGGUGGAGGGAGGCAUUUUCUUUCCAAAGCCAGAGAACGCAGUCACGAUAGCGGUUUCAUCUCGCGUGCUGUUCCGCACAGAGAAAGAGCAGAAGGUGUUUGAAGAGAAAGGUGUGGAGGAAUACAUCAAGUACCAGAUGGAGCACGAGAAUGAGCCUUUUUCUCCAGGACCAGCAUUUCCUUUUGUUAAGGCCCUGGAGACGGUUAACGCAGGGUUACGGGAGCUGUAUCCUGACAGUGAGGAGCUCUUUGAUAUUGUACUGGUGACCUACAACCAUGCGCAUGUAGGAGUGAGGCUUAUCAACACCAUCAACCACCACAAUCUGUUUAUUGAGCGAUUCUGCAUGACAGGAGGUAGCAGCCCCAUUGGCUACCUGAAAGCAUGGCACACAAACCUGUACCUAUCUGCAGACACACAAAAGGUCCAGGAGGCACUGGCUGAAGGCAUUGCAGCAGCCACCAUGUUUAUGCCAGAGAAGCAGAUAGAAGUAUCAGAGACCCAGCUGAGAGUGGCGUUUGAUGGCGAUGCUGUUCUCUUCUCUGAUGAGUCAGAGCGUAUAUUCAAAGCUCAUGGUCUGGACAAGUUCUUUGAGCAUGAGAAGGAAAAUGAGAACACGCUGCUGGAUCAUGGCCCAUUGAAGGGAUUUCUUGAGGUCCUGGGAAAGCUCCAGAAGAAGUUCUAUGCUAAAGGCCAUCGGUUAAACUGCCCCAUUCGCACUUACCUGGUAACCGCCCGCAGCGCAGCCAGCUCAGGCAUCCGUGCUCUAAAGACUCUCCGUGCCUGGGGACUGGAGAUAGAUGAAGCGCUGUUCCUGGCUGGUGCCCCCAAAGGCCCUAUGCUGGAGAAAAUACGACCCCACAUCUACUUUGAUGAUCAGAUGUUCCAUAUAGAAGGAGCAGUGGAGAUGGGCGCUAUUGCUGCACACGUACCCUACGGCAUAGCACAGAAAUACCCUCAUAAGAAGGGCACCAAUGCUGCCAAGUAGCAGAGACAGAACAGAGCAGGAAAAGACAGCAAAGAUUCAAAUGAAUGCACUGCCCUGCAUGCCUGAGUGGGCCCUGCAGAGAGACUCGUGUUGUGGAUAUAUAUAUUUUUUUGACAAGCUGAUUUGUCAUAAAACACUUUGAUUAAAAACUGAACUGAACUCACUGAUUGCUGAAUUAUUUUCAUUUUCAAAAUGAAUUUUACACAACAAUGUGCUGCCUCUGCCUGACAAAAGACUGAUUUGUCCUGUCUUCACUGUUAUUCAACCUCAUUUCAUGCUUCAUUGUGGUUAAAUACCUCAGUGCAAUUAGAAGAAUAUUCAUCUGCUGAGGUGAAAAUUCUUUCCAUCAUCAUCCUCAGUUUCUUUAUACAUGAAACACAUGAAGUGAACUGAGUGUUUAAACUGUUAAAACUGUGUAUAAAAGAACAUUGUACAUUCAUGUGUAAAGUGACUUGCUUUGCUUUAUGGGACAGAAAUAUACUGUAACUUUCUAUGUUCGUUUAUAAUGUGAUAUCAAGUUGUUCUGUCUUGUACAUUCAUGUGAUCUUUUGAAUGAACCACUGCAGCAACAAAGUAAGCCAUAAUGUCCUGAGAAGACAUAAUAAGCCAUAAAUAACAGCCUGAAGUGGCCAUUAUUAUUGCUUGUUGUAUAUUCUUGUACCAACAAAGACAAUUGGAAUGACCUCUGAGAGUGAAGGUGGCUAUCUAUUCAUGAAAGCAGUAUUCAGUUUCUCAUCACAUCAUAAUAAACUGAGAAAUAUAUUUUCUAAAUUUA